GUGGUCCUCCACCAGAUGUCCCUACUUUAAGCCCUGCAGAGCACAUUUAUUUACACGCCAAGCAGCUCUGUUCCCAGCUGAGAAAGGACCAGUGAGCAAUGCCAAGUGUGGUGGUAUCUGAGGUUCCAGUUGCACUGGGGAGACAGACAGGGAGUGAGGGCAGAAGAGGAAGGUAUGGAGCAGGCUCUCCUGCGUGCACAGGGUGCCACCAUUUCACCCACCUGAUACUAUUCACUUGAGCUGUACUUGCUACCUGAAUUUUUUUUUUGACAGUGGGAAAAAGAAAUCAGAGUGGCUGGAUAAAUAAUAUAGUUAGAAAGGGCUUUUAUUCCUUAACAGGGUGAUGCUGUUGCUGAGGUUUAUCUAGGUUGAAGGAACCUGCAGAACCGGUAUCUUUAUACAAACUCUAGGUCCGUCUGUAAUACAAGGAACAGGACAGGCACAUUAGGGCUUUUAAAACGACAUCUAAAAGGCAAAUGAAGCAGCCCUGAGGAAGAAGCGGCCAUGGAUACGAGCAGCGCGAAGCAACAGGAGUGAGUGUUGCAUACCUUCAUGCACCCACUCUACCCUGUAUCUGUAAUAAAACAGUCAGAGGCAGACAUGGGCUCUGCCACACUUGUACGUGCAAUGCUUUUGAACUGGUUGCUCUUGCUGUUGAGUCUGGUAUGCUGUUCUGCUGCGGCUUAUGUGGAUGAGCCCAGCCUGAGCAACAGUUUCUUGCCUCACUAUGAACCUGAUCAGGCUGUUGGCUCUUCACAAGAUACGAGGCUACAUGUUUUCACAGUGGACUAUGGCUAUGUGCAAAUUCCCUAUGAAGUUACUCUUUGGAUCCUCCUUGCCUCUCUUGCAAAAAUAGGUUUCCACCUCUAUCACCGAUUACCCAGACUCAUGCCUGAAAGCUGCAUCCUGAUUGUCAUUGGAGCACUAGUAGGAGCAAUCAUUUUUGCUUCAGAUUACAAAUCUCCACCGGUGAUGGACUCAAGUAUUUACUUUUUGUAUCUCCUUCCACCCAUUAUCUUAGAGGAGGGUUAUUUCAUGCCAACUCGCCCAUUUUUUGAAAACUUUGGGUCCAUCCUGUGGUGGUCUUUGCUGGGAUCUCUGCUAAACUCAUUUGGAAUUGGCUUCUCCCUCUAUGGGAUCUGCCAAAUAGAAGCCUUCGGCCUGACUGACCUGGACCUGCUGCAGAACCUGCUCUUUGGCAGCAUGAUUUCAGCUGUGGAUCCCGCGGCAGCUCUGGUAGUUUUCGAAGAAGCCUCCGUUAAUGAGCAGCUCUACAUGAUGAUCUUUGGAGAGUCAUUGCUAAAUGAUGGCAUCACUGUGGUUUUAUAUAACAUCUUCAUCGCCUUCACCCAGAUGCACAGGUAUGAAGAAAUCGAAUCCAUCGACGUCUUUGCUGGCUUUGCUCGCUUCUUCGUGGUGGGGCUAGGUGGCAUGCUGUUUGGCAUUGCCUUUGGAUUUGUUUCGGCGUUCAUGACUCGAUUCACCCACAACGUUUCUGCUAUUGAACCCCUGCUGGUCUUCAUGUUCAGCUACCUGGCAUACUUGUCCGCUGAAACCCUUUACAUCUCAGGCAUUUUGGCGAUGACAUCAUGUGCAGUGACAAUGAAAAAAUAUGUGGAGGAGAACGUUUCCCAGAAUUCCUAUACUACAAUAAAAUAUUUCAUGAAGAUGCUGAGCAGCAUCAGUGAGACCCUGAUUUUUGUAUUCAUGGGAGUGUCUACAGUGGGGAAAAACCAUGAGUGGAACUGGGCCUUCAUUUGCUUCACCCUGCUCUUCUGCCUCAUUUGGCGGACACUGAGUGUAUUUGCUCUCUUCUACAUCAGCAACAAGUUCCGAACAUAUCCCUUCACUUUCAAAGACCAACUCAUUAUUUCCUACAGUGGCCUUCGAGGAGCCAGCAGCUUUUCUCUUGCAUUCUUACUUCCAGUGAAUCUCUUCCCUAGAAAAAAAUUGUUCAUUACCGCUACUCUUGUAGUUACAUAUUUCACUGUGUUCAUCCAAGGAGUCACAAUUGGACCAUUGGUCAGGUAUCUAGAUGUGAAAAAGACCAACAAAAAGGAGUCUAUCAAUGAAGAGAUUCAUGUGCGAUUGAUGGAUCAUUUGAAGGCUGGUAUUGAAGACAUAUGUGGACACUGGAGUCAUUAUCAGCUGAGAGAUAAAUUUAAGAAGAUUGAUAAUAAGUAUUUGAAGAAAAUCUUAAUUCGGGAACACCAGCCCAAAUCCAGCAUUGUGUCAUUGUACAAAAAGAUGGAGAUAAAACUGGCCAUUGAGAUGGCUGAGAGUAGCAUGAAACUUUCAGAAACACCUGCAACUUCUUCACAGAAUGGUAGAAAUCGGCGUGUGCGUAGGCUCUCCCACACAGAGAUGAAGUCCUUGAGAGAAGUCUUGGCACAUAAUCUAUACCAAGUGCGACAAAGGGCACCAGCGUACAAUCGACACAACCUGCCUACCAGCGCAAACGAGAAACAAGCCCAAGAAAUCCUCAUCCGUCGGCAGUACAGCCUGAGGCAGAGUUGCAGGAAGGGAAACAGCUUACCUUUGGGUAGACCGGUUAACACCACAGAAGUACGCUACCUCUCCUUGCCUCAGGGCCCCAGACAGCGCACAAGACAAAAAGCCAGGCAUGUUACUUUUACAGAUCACCACAGAAGUGGCUCUGAUGCUUCAUUCCCAGUAAUGUUCAGACCCCAGCCCCAACUACGGCCAGUUGAAGCAAAGUACCACCAGGAAGAGCUGAUUCCAAUGGCACACUUGGAUAGACGAGCACGCUCAUCCAAUCCAUCAGGUCGAAGAGGAAAUUCAAUCAGGCAGCAUCGUUUCACCAGAGCAGAAAAUCUAGCUCUAAUGCCAAAGUCUCAAUUCACUGUGGGAGAAGUAAAGGGAUAUGAGUCAGAAGAGGAGACAGUAAAAAUGGCACCAGCCAAGCCAUUAGACAUAUGAGGAGCACAGAAGAGCAAUGUUUGCAUCUCUAGGGCCCUCUGUGCACUGCUCCAGAGAAAAUAACAGAGCUCUUAUAUGAACCAAAUCCCAAUUUUCCUUUUGGGACUACUGCACUUGUUCUCAUAUCACUUUCAAAUGCUGUAUCAAGGUACUUAGUGGCUCAGAGAAGGCUCAAAUUCUUACAUGUUUCUGUCAAGCUUUCUUUCCAACAAAACACUGCAGGAAAGAGGAACAUGACUUUUGUAGGGGUUUGGACACGGAUUUAAAUGACGAUAGUUGGGCACAUGCAAUGCUGUGGGUGGAAGCUAAUAUUGCCUUUCUCUGUUCUGCACUAUGGCCUGCAUCCAGAAGAAAGAAACACUGAAGGACAUACUUGGCACAAGAGUGCCAAGAUUGGGAACUUCAACUUGCUUAGAGCUUUUGACCUCAGAGUAGCUGAGAUUUUCCAGGAAAAAGUUAAAAAACAGAAAUGCAUUUUUAGGCACCUAAAUGUCAUGGAACAUGUCUAAAGAAGUACUUGAGUAAAAAGGAUUUUUAGUGGACAUUUUCAGCACCACCAGAGGGAAAAAAUAAAACCCUUUUUCCCCCUUUUUCUCAUGUUUGCAGCUUUUGUGUUUAGCAGGCCAUAAAGAAUGCACUGGAAUUGUACAAAGCUUUAUGAAACUUAAGUUCUGUUUGCAUUUCCUUACUGUGCCAGAGAAAUGAUACAACUUCCUUUUAUGAAAGCAAUUAUUACAAGAGGGUAAGGUCUGGCUUUUGUACCGACACUGAAUAAGCAAUGAAAUACAGUUCUGUACCUGAAAAUCAACAAAUAAACCCAGCUUCACCAAAAGAGGAAGUACCUCUUGCCAGAUCUCAAUCCUAUAGCAAGUUAUGUUAACAUUUUAUAAAUCUGUAUGAAAACAUUAAGAAAAAGAGUUAUCAUACAAAAUCAGGUCUUAAAUUGCAAUGUGAGUCACCCACUUGCUGCAUGAAAUUUAAUGAGGCCAAAAUUAGUGAUGUGGUGCUUAGGGCAUAGAGCUGAUGCAGGUGCAUGGAGUGAGGUGAUGAAGGUGUGGGACCUGCUGCUGCACUACGGAGUCACAAGGGGGUAGGAUCUCCAAAACUGGCUGCUGGGUGAUGUGGACUGGAGGCAGUCCCUGGAGACAGCAGUGAAAGGCAAGCGGAAAUCUGAGUGGAAGGUGAAGAAGGGAUAGUAUCUCACCUUCAAAGGGAGCUCAGGAGAGAGAUUAAACACAGGAAUUACUGUCAGCUGCAAAUUCAGCAUUUCCUCUUUAAGAAGAUUUAAUCAGCAGGUUGUGUGGGGGAGCUGGACAGAUACAAACAUGUGAAAUGAGGAAGGUUAAUUGGAUAUCUGGAGUGGCAUGGAAAGGGACUAGACAUACAUGAUGGAAAAGAAGACUGUGCAAUUUGGUCAGGGUGUAUUUGGCAGGCAUGCUUAAAAUUGACUCCUAAAUUCUUUAUUAAAUACUAUAAAAGUCAUGGAGCAUUCAUAUAAUCACCCAUUGUAAGUAAGGAGCAAAGCAUUCAAUUCCUAAUGAUCAUUUAUACUAGAACUAGAGAAAAAGAAUUAAGUCUUGCUAAAAUACAAAUAAAUAUACAAGUACAAAAAAUACAAGUACCAGUGCAUAGUUGGAAUAAAAUCUACCUCUUGGUUUGUUCCUAAUCUUUCCUUGAUGAAAUCAGUGAGCCAGGUCUUCAGAGAGUAUAAAGCGAUAGAGCAUCUAGAAGUUAAUAGAGCUCUCACAGCUUUUGUAGUGUGGUCCACAAACUUGUAAAGUCUAUUUUUAGUUUUCUUUCCUAGCAAUUAGAAAAUAGGAGUGGAAGAAAAUUUCCUUCUAUGCAAUUGCUGCUAAUGGUUUUGCUGGUCAUCAGCCAAGAAGAAAUGCUGCAGAUGCGUGUAUAAAAUAUGUUCCAAAAUAUAAAGUUGCACUGUUUGUUUGUUUUUAUGGGUAUUUCAUACUUGUAGACAAAAGAGUUCUUAGAGAAGCACAUUGCUUAUAUUUUAGAUAGCAAUAGCUACAGUAAUGGUUCACUACAAGUAACUUACUCAUGCCUAGAAGGUGAAGAAUUAUUAUUUGAAAUCCAGAGAGAAAAUAGGAACUUGGGUAAUUAAGUCUGUUUCCUUGGGAUGGGGGGAUAGGGCAGGACAGGUAAGUUUCAGGAAGGAAUAAUAAUGAAUAGCCUGUACCUUCAACAGCAGAGAAAAUGGGAGAUACACUUGACAAGAACUUGCUAACCAAUGAGAAAAAUAAGACAAUAAUAAGAACAGUCAUAAUGAGAAAAUAUUUUAACAGUAAAAGCAACAAUGGUCAAUCAGUAUUUGCAGAGUUAUCAGGGUCAACAGUAUAUUGUGAGCAACCAACAAUACCUUCGUAUUUAUUGCAUGGUGUGAUUAACUGUUAGAUCCUGUUGUUCUUGCUGCAGCUGUUACUCUUCAACUAAUAUUCCAGACAAGUAGGAACUUGUAGUUAAAGGAGAAUCUCUUUCUCAUAGAUCUUAUCAUGAAGGAUGCAGCAGUGAGAGGAGUGCCAGCAAUCUGGACACAAUAGCAGCUACUGUAGGGAGUGCCCAAAAUGUGACCUCCAGAAAUACCAGUUAACAGAUUGCACUGAAAGACAGCAUUGCCAUGGUUCCUCCUCCAAGGGGAAUGGCGCCCACUGGGAACAUCUGCAACUGCAUAGUCAGGGAAACAACACGGUGGCUGCAUAGUAAAGCAGGACAGGGAGGGAUGCUAUGAAGGACCUAAAAGCAGUUCAUGAGUUGCACUAUGGGAGGAUAUCAGUGAAGGAGUGCAGAAGCAGGAGGGAUAAUUUGCCUCAGAACAUGACUCAAAACUCGAGUCAGUGGAGCAGCCAUGUGUGUAUUAAAGCCAGAGAGGAGAAGCUGUAACAGGUGGAAAAGAUCAAAUGCCUCGGCAAGAGCUCUAGAUGAACUGAUUUACUGAUGUGUGUGUGGGCAAGAAAAUAGGCCAACUUAAAAGACCAAAGUAAGUUCAGAUGUGUUCAGAGCAAUUAAGAAAGGUUGUAUGAGAUUCAGAAAAGUAGGCUAGAGUUUCAGGCUGGAGAAGCUGGUAGAGAAGUAACGACCAUGUUCAGUGUAAGAAGGGUGGUUUAAUUCAUAUUUAAGAGACAGGUAGUCAGAGAAAGAGGACCAGUGAUAUCUACAGGGGAAAUAAUCAGAUUGCCAGAAAAACAUGACUUUUAAGAAAGAGAAGAUGGAAAUAAUUAUGAAAUAAUUCUUAUUUUUUUUGCAAGUAUGUUGGUUUUGUGGACUGACACUUUCAAGGUUUUUCCUGAAGCCAUUAGACCCUGCAAACUCAUGUUUUAUUGUCAUGUAUAAAUGAAAACUGCUAUUUAAAAGCCUAUGGGAGACUCUGGAAAAUAUAACAAAUAUUUCCAACCUUUCUUUCCUUAUAGAAACUUUUUCUAAAUUUCUACCUACGUGUAUGGAUAAACCACAAAUGUUAAAAGUGGAAAACCAGA